GGCGUUGCUUUCCUUUUUUCUCGAUGAGCUGACGUCAUGGCGAUAAGGAGACCUUUUUUAGUCUGAGUUCCAGCCCAAAACCCACACUCUCUGGUUACUAGUGAGCCCAGCGACAUAGGUGUCUCCUGUGGAAAAGUAUUACCUAACUGACAAACAUGGCCAAUCAAGGACCAGCUUACGGAUUUAGUAGGGACAUUCGGAACAAGAUUGAGAAGAAGUAUGAACCUGAACUGGAGGAGCGGCUAGUGGAGUGGAUUAUUGCUCAGUGUGGGGCAAGUGUGGGUCGACCUGAACCAGGGAGAUUAGGUUUCCAAGCUUGGCUUAAGGAUGGCACAGUACUGAGUCUACUGAUUAACAGUCUUUAUUCAGAAGACAAGAAACCCAUUAAGAAGAUUCAAGACAGUGACAAGGCUUUUAAACAAAUGGAACAAGUGUCACGAUUUCUGAUAGCAGCUGAGGCAUAUGGAGUCAACAAAACUGACAUCUUCCAGACUGUGGAUCUGUGGGAAUCAAAGGAUAUGGCUGCUGUUCAGAGAACCCUCAUGGCUUUGGGAAGUAUUGCAGUAACAAGAAAUGAUGGACAUUACCAUGGUGAUCUAAACUGGUUCCACAAGAAAGCGCAAGAGAACAAGCGUGAGUUCACAGAAGAGCAACUGGCCCAGGGGAAGAACAUUAUUGGCCUCCAGAUGGGAAGCAAUCAGGGAGCAUCGCAGGCUGGGAUGAUUGGCUAUGGACAAACCAGACAGAUCAUUAGCUAAAAAACAAUACUCAUUGAACUCUGUAAAGCAUGAUUUUACCAUUUCAAAAGUCAACACAAGUCUAAACAGCUCAUAACACUAAACCUUCAAUUGUGAUAGACAGUAGUGGUUAUUUAUUUGGCAGUUUCUAAAAAAAAAACUUAACCAGUUUUAUUCCCCUUGGAUAUGGGCUGUAAUUUGGAAUGAUUGCAAGACAAAAUAUGCAUACCCACCCUGAGCUGCCAAGGACUGCAUGUCACAUUGCUAACUUGUAAUUGUGGAAUCGUGUAUUAGCAUGUUGGCGAGGCUUAUUGUUUUGUAUGGCUUAACCAGUCUGCUUUACGUUUUACUUUGUCACUGUCAAUCUAUCUAGUUACUAAAGAAAUAGUGUACAUUUAAAGAGUCAAUUAUCAUUUGAAAGACAUUUUUGGAAUAACUGAGGCAGAGCGUAAUAACAGGAUUGAAUGAUUUCUGUAAAUGGCCAAAGGAAUUCAAAGGGAACACAUGAAAUGAAUACAUUGCCAUUCCAAUGACAUUCCUAUUUUUUUUUAAAAAAAAACUUAUUUUGCUGCUCACCUUGUUUCAACAAGUUACUCUCUCAAAAUUCACCCUCUCUUGUCAUGUAUGCAGCACUGAUGCUGUGGGGAAUGUUUACUUGCUAGCAAACCUUGAUUUCCAAAACAUUAUUAUCCAAGUUUAAGGAAAAAAUGUUACCUAAAGUAAGCACUUACAACUCUGCUAAGUAACAACUGUUUAUGCUAGGAGCCAAUAAAUGAGUGUAGUUGUAGCAUUAAUCUGUUUAAGCAGGUUGUCUUGUAAGGAGGACUCAUUUAUGAUCAAUUUCUGAAACAAAUGUUGUACAAAAAGUGUCCCUGCUGAGAAUUACUGUUUUCAAGUAUGUUGUACAUUAAUUAUUUGUUAAGCAAAAAUUCUGAAUUUUUAGCCCUAAAUUUUGUACAUUUUUUUGCUUUUGUCAUUUUGAAACCAUAACAAAUAAAGUUGAGAUGGACAAUU